AUGUCAAGGAAAUCUAUAGUGCAAAUAAGAAGAUCUGAAGUAAAGCGGAAACGAAGUAGCACCGCUAGCAGUACAAGUGAGGGGAAAACUCUUCAUAAGAACACACAUACAUCCUCUAAAAGGCAGAGAACUUUGACAGAAUUCAACAUCCCAACUUCAUCGAACUUACCUGUCCGUUCCAGUUCAUAUUCAUUCUCAAGGUUCAGUUGUUCAACAUCCAAUAAGAAUACAGAGCCAGUAAUUAUUAACGAUGACGAUCACAAUAGCAUUUGCCUUGAAGACACUGCAAAGGUCGAAAUCACCAUAGACACAGACGAGGAAGAACUAGUUAGCUUGCAUGAUAACGAAGUCAGCGCAAUAGAAAAUAGGACCGAAGAUCGAAUAGUAACGGAAUUGGAGGAGCAAGUAAAUGUUAAAGUCUCUACAGAAGUUAUUCAAUGUCCUAUUUGUCUAGAAAACCUUUCUCAUUUAGAAUUGUACGAAAGAGAGACACACUGUGAUACUUGCAUAGGCAGUGACCCGAGCAAUAUGGGAACACCUAAAAAGAAUAUCAGGAGCUUUAUUUCUAAUCCAUCAUCUCCUGCAAAAACGAAGAGGGAUAUAGCUACGUCAAAAAAACCAACAAGAGUAAAACUUGUUUUACCAAGUUUCAAGAUAAUUAAGUUCAAUAAUGGCCACGAAAUAGUUGUGGAUGGUUUCAAUUAUAAGGCCAGCGAGACUAUCUCUCAGUACUUUCUUUCUCAUUUUCAUUCUGAUCACUAUAUUGGACUCAAAAAAUCUUGGAACAAUCCUGAUGAGAAUCCGAUCAAGAAAACACUUUACUGUUCUAAGAUCACUGCAAUAUUAGUAAAUUUAAAAUUCAAAAUUCCAAUGGAUGAAAUCCAAAUUUUACCCAUGAAUAAACGCUUUUGGAUAACAGAUACCAUUUCAGUAGUUACGUUGGACGCUAACCAUUGUCCCGGUGCAAUAAUAAUGCUUUUCCAGGAGUUUCUGGCAAAUUCGUAUGAUAAGCCUAUAAGACAAAUUCUUCACACGGGGGAUUUUCGAAGCAACGCCAAAAUGAUUGAGACAAUUCAGAAGUGGUUGGCCGAGACAGCGAAUGAAACUAUUGACCAAGUUUAUUUAGAUACAACAUAUAUGACUAUGGGAUACAACUUUCCUUCACAACAUUCUGUGUGCGAGACUGUGGCUGAUUUUACAUUACGGCUUAUAAAACAUGGUAAAAACAAAACAUUUGGAGAUUCACAAAGGAACCUUUUUCACUUUCAGAGAAAGAAAACAUUGACAACUCAUCGUUACAGGGUCCUAUUUCUUGUGGGAACAUAUACUAUUGGAAAAGAGAAGCUAGCCAUCAAGAUAUGUGAAUUUUUGAAAACAAAAUUAUUUGUUAUGCCGAAUUCCGUUAAAUUUUCAAUGAUGCUAACAGUUUUACAAAACAACGAAAAUCAAAAUGACAUGUGGGACGAAAGCUUACUCACCAGCAAUUUACAUGAAUCAUCCGUACAUUUGGUACCUAUAAGAGUGUUGAAAAGUCAAGAAACCAUAGAAGCUUACUUGAAAAGUUUAAAAGAAUUGGAAACAGACUAUGUGAAAGACAUUGAAGAUGUUGUCGGGUUUAUACCUACCGGGUGGAGUCACAAUUUUGGUUUAAAAUAUCAAAAGAAAAACGAUGAUGAUGAGAAUGAAAUGAGUGGCAAUACAGAAUAUUGCUUAGAACUAAUGAAGAAUGAUCGAGAUAAUGAUGAUGAGAAUGGGUUUGAAAUCUCGAGUAUAUUGAGGCAAUACAAAAAGUACAACAAAUUUCAAGUUUUUAACGUACCAUAUUCUGAACACAGUAGUUUUAACGAUUUAGUGAAAUUUGGUUGUAAAUUGAAGUGUUCUGAAGUCAUUCCCACUGUGAAUCUAAACAAUUUAUGGAAAGUGAGGUAUAUGACGAAUUGGUUUCAAUGUUGGGAAAACGUUAGGAAAACGCGGGCGGCUAAAUAA